AUGCCGACUUCCCCAUCAGCUACAGCAACUACAAAGGUGGAGAGCCUGCUGUCGCCGUCGACCAUCAACGGCGCUGCGUUUGCACUGAACGGCAGCUCCUUCAACACCGCUCACAACACUACCAGCAGCAAAAGCAACAGCAAGAGCAACGGCAACACCAACAGCAAGAGCAACGGCAGCAGUGGCACCAACGCCACCGAAGACGACAGCAGCGAUGGCAAGCACGUUUGCCACGCCUGCGGCAAGGACUACUCGCGGCGAUCGGACCUCGUCGUGCACCUGCGCACCCACACGGGGGAAAAGCCGUUUGUGUGUGACAAGUGCAACAAGUCCUUCACCAAGAAGAGCCACCUCACGCGCCAUCGCAAGAUCCACACCGGCGAGAAGCCCUUCUCCUGCGGCUUCUGCGGCAAGAAGCACGCGCGCAUGAGCGACCUCAAGGUGCACCUGCGCACCCACACGGGCGAGCGGCCAUACUCGUGCUCCAUCUGCGGCAAGUCGUUUAUCACGUCCAGUCACGUGCGCAUGCACGAGCGCACGCACGACGACGCGCGACACUUCUCCUGCCCGCUCUGCUCCAAACCGUUCAAGACAAAGCCGGGCCUGAAGCAGCACCUCAAGACGGGGCACAACGCAGACCCCGAGCGCGUGAAGCAGCUGUGCGUCGGCAUCCCCUACGCUCGAGCUGUCGCACCCACCCCUGCAAAGCAGAACCGCGCCAGCACCGGCUCAUCCACUGCAUCCAGCACACAAGGUCGCCAGGCAGACGCCACCACCGCUGCGGCUGCCAGCGACCAGAAGCGUUCGAGGAGAGGCCGCAGCACAAAGGCCGCAUCACAUGCGUCCGCAUCGUUGUCGUCGACAGCAGCAGCCGGCACAACGGCGAUACCAACGUGUUUGGCAUCUGCGCCCCCCUUGUCGAGCAGUGGCCUGCCCCCGCUGUUCACCUCCGCGUCUGCGUUUCCAUCAACGCCCAUGUCGCCCUCCGAUGUGUUGCUGCAGUCGUUGACCAGCGGCGCCACCGCAGCCACGACCACCGCACAACAGCAGCAGCAACCACGGCAGCAACAGCGACAGGGAAGGUUUGAGUUUCCGUCAAACACCAUGGCACCCUCUCUCUCUGCCGCAAGCCUUCAGCAACAACAACAACAACAACAAUCGCAACCACCGCAACAGCAGCAGCCGGCGGGGCUAGUCAUGGCGGAUGGGGACACAAAGAUUUCGCUGUCGACCCUGCAACAGCUGUCGCCGCAACUCAUUGCACAGCUGCUGCAGCUUGGCAUCAUCUUACCCACGGGCCAGGAUGCUUUUGCUCUCGCGCCACACAUGGCGGCAAACGCAAACGCAAACGCCAUUAGACAACCACAACAACAACAGCAACAACAACAACAACAACAACAACAACAACAACAACAACAACAACAACAACAACAACAACAACAACAACAACAACAACAAUCGCAGCUUGCAGAGCCGUGGCUGUUGUCGUUUGAGUCGUCAGAAUUGAACCAGCCGCUCAUUAAUCCAUUUGAUGGUGAGAGCCCCUUCUCCCUCUCCCCUCUCGACUCGCCAACCCCAUCCUCCAGUGCCGCCAACAACAACACCAACGCCCUGCCGCCGCUCGUGUUCCAGUCGGCCAACACCCCCCACACUAACACCAACACCGCCAAUACCCCCAACCCCGAUAUCAACACCAACACCAACACCAACACCAACACCAGCAUCAAUGCCGCCACCAAUUUCACCACAAACAACAACAGCAAUAUGUACAACACCAACACCAGCUCUGCAGCUCAGGCAAGCGCAUACAGCACCGCCAGCGUCACUGAUGGUGGGGGUGUGGCCGACACCAUCCCCAUGAUCCCCAGCUUCACUUCCAGCCGCAACAUCAACACGCUUGGCAUGUCGUCUGUCUUUGCGCCCGCGCUGUCCCCCGUCACCAUGCCUGAGGAAGCGGCGUUGGCGCCAGUGGCGGGCGGAAACACGGAGAGCGACGAGCUGGCUGCGCUUCUUGACUCGGACUUUGCCGCUGAUUUUCCGCUCUUUGACGACUUUCCCCUCUCCCCCUCGCCCACACAGGACACCACUGGCGCAGCCGCCAACCAGAGCACAGCGUGA